ACAUGGGCAAGCCUGCCAAGAUUGGGCCAUGGGGUGGCAACUGCGGCAGUUGUCGGGAUGUCAGGGCGACUCCCGAGCAGCUGGUUUGUGUGAAAGUCACAACCGACAGUAUCUGCAUCCGCUCGAUUUCCUUUUAUUAUGGAGCAACGGAUGGGAAAAUGUACCAGGAGGGCCCAUGGGGUAGCGACGAUGGCUCUGCAGACGAGGUUAACCUCGGGUCUUGGGACUGCCUGAGGGAGAUCUCCGGGACAACGGGUCCAGCUUAUUAUACUGAUAACAUGCUGAAGUCUCUUACAUUUGUUACCGACAAAGGUACGUACGGUCCGUACGGCGCCAAUGAAGGAACUCCUUUCCGCAUCCCGGUGCAGGACAACGGCCGCAUCGAUGGGUUCUUUGGGCGCGCUGGAAGUUUGCUGGAUGCCAUUGGGAUCUACGUGAACCCAAACUGA